AUGGUUGGUGAGGAGGACGAGAACAGUGUUGCGUUGACAUCGAAGAAGACCUUAGAGCUUUUGGAGAAAGAUGGGCUGCUGACUCGAACGCCCCCUACAACUUUUACCAGUCCGGCACGGAAGGAGUUCAUGAUUUUGACAGAUCUCUUUGGGGAUGAAACGGCAUUCUGUGUCUGCACUCGGUGUUCCAAAACCGCUCUUGAGGUUUGCACCGGAGCAGACACAAACCGCAAACAUCAGCGUACUCCUGACGAAUUUUCAACUGUGGCCCCGGAUCGUUCGACAAAGCGCCGAGUGACAGAAAGUAAGGCGCGACUGAUUUUGGACGGGCAAUACGGCUUGAUGUCUCAUCCCACGGCGCUUUCAAGAGAUAUUGUGAAGAGCCACAAACUCGCGCAGUUGGACCUUGCUGUGCUGUUACGGACUCUGGUGUUGGUCCCGAACGAUAGUAUGGCAGGUGCGCUGACUGUCAGUUUGUGGGAAGAAAAGUACUCUCGACUGCACUACUUAGGGCUGACAGUGCACUACGUUGAGGAGUUUGUUCUGAAAGUUCGCCGAUUUGCACUGCUCAAGUUUGACCCCACUGCUACGGAUAGCGCCGCUAACAUCGAGAAUCAGUUUUGUGGGCUUUUUCGGGACCGUUUCAAAAUACCAGUGGUCGAUAUCAGAGCCAUCUCCACCAAGGUUAGCAUCGACACCAAGAGGCUGCAGUAA